CUAAGGGCGGGGGGUUUUCACCCCGCUGAGCGACAGUUGUACUGUGGGAUUACUCGUGGCUGUAAAGUUAAGCAUGUGCAUGUUUUCAGGACCUUGUCUGGGAAGUGGCGGUCCUAACCAUACCAAAACAGGAGUGUGCAUGGGGGGGGUAAGCAGGGGUACAACCCCUUCCCCCCCCAGUCAGGGGCACAGAACUCUGGGGCAGGGGAGAGCAUCCUCCUCCGGCCUGGGGCUGCACAGCAAGGGUAGGAAAUGGCAGCUCCUCCAGAGCUGUGAGAGGAGGGAGGGAGAGCUAGCUCCUCUGGGCUCCGGCCACGGGGAGCACAGACAUUUUUUAUUCCUGUGCACGCUGCUGGGAACUCACAUCUUAUUCAGACGCACAGAAAUUGAGAGAGAAUAAUGACUGACUUCCCAUCAAAAAUCAAGUACCAUAUUCAGUAUUGCUGCUCAUAAUAUUUGAGGUUUUCCUUAAAUACCCAGCUCCUGGAGGCAGGUGAUUAGGGAAGAAUCUCAGCUUUUUAAUUAAAAAAAAAGUGUGCAUCUAGCUCUCAUAGUUACAGAGAAACAUUUGUAAAUGUGACCCAUAUGCAGAAAGCAAACAAUAUCAUCUAGCUCUUAUAUAGCCCUUUUCAUGAGUAGAUCUCAAUAAAAUAGGUUAUUUUUAUUGAGAUAACUUUAAAAACCCCCAAAACUCAUGAUUAUUAAGCCAAACUAAUGCUUUUUCUGGCCUUGACUUGUGAUUUGUUAAUAUUCUGGGUUGGCAACACUGUCUACACCUAAAAUACUGGGUUUCCUUUAAAUCUCACGGAAAUUGGAAAUAAAAAGCAUAAUGAUUUAAAUAUAUUUCAUGCAGCCCACCCCCCCGUUUAUUGGUAAUAUGCGUCCAAUCCAUUUUGUAAAACGCCCCAAAUAUAUGCAUGUUUUUGUGAGAUACGGUUUUGUAGCCAAACGUUUCCAAGCUAUUGAAACCGAAAUUUACAGUCGAAAAAACCCCAGGGGGCUGGAAUGCGUGGAGUUUUUUAGGAAGACAGAUGCUGAGCACGUUACUAUUUUAGUACAGAUCCCUGUAAUGUAUUAAAUUUUCAAUUGCAUAUGAGCUAACAGAAGCACGUGAGCCACUCCAACAACGCAACACCGGUAGCAAUGAGGAAAGCGAGAGUACUCUCGGAGGAUCACUGGAAAACUACAGAAGAGGGUCUUCUGGGGCCAGGAAAUGAGGUCUCUGAGCAAAGCGUGCUGGGUUGCACGGUUGGCCAUGCGUUUCCGGGCGCGGGGAUGGUGUUGCUGGAGGGGAAGGCUGCUGGCAGACAGUCUAUCCAACGGGAGCUUGUGAGUGUGAGCCAGCUGUUCGCUUCGGCACUGUUGCAUGUUCAGUGAGUGGGAAAUAUGAGUGAAUGGCAGAGGAAAAGUCCUUUAGAGUGGCAGACUUAUGUGAACAAAGAAGUAAAAGUCACAGCUGCUGAGAAACAUGAAUACGAAGGAUGGGUCUUAACAAUUGACCCAGUUUCUGCAAAGUGGCUGGCAAAGAGGAAAAAUAGCUUCUGCCCUUUUCCCCUGAGUGUUGUCCUAGUGAAGCUCACGGAGGAUGGAAAAGUAUGUGUCUCAGUCAUCUUGGGUCACGCUGUACAGGAAGUUGAAAUAGUGAAUGAAGGGGAUGAUGAAACGAAGGAGCGGCUUGCUCACCUAUUCAUGCCAGAAGAGAGCAGAGCUUAUGGCCACGAAGAACUGGAGAAGAGGAAGAGCAGCCUGAAGACUUGGCUGGAGACCAAUCACAUCCCUGUAACAGAACAAGGCGAGUCACAAAGAACACUGUGUGUGGCAGGUGUAUUAACUAUCGACCCGCCAUAUGGGCCAGAAGACUGUAGCAGCUCCAAUGAAAUUAUUCUAUCUAGAGUCCAGAGCUUGAUACAAGGCCACCUUGCAUCGCAGUAGUAAUGGACAAGUUGACAAACGCUUCUCAUCUAAAACUCUUCUAUUUCAAACAGGAGGAGGUGCUCUUUUCCCCUUAGAUUAAGAAUUGUUCUAUGCUAUUGGUUGACUUGAUUUUCACUGACUGAUGUGAGGGUGAGCAGUACUGUUGUGCAUUAGCCACUCUGGCUGAUUCUGUAUGUGAAGGAACAGAUGGUGGAACAGUCUUAUAACUGAAAGCAGGAAGCAUUUGUACUACCUAAUAUUUUGUAUAAAAAAAGUUAUUUGGUAUGAAUGACAUUUUAUUCUAUGGAAUCCUAAUUCUUUAUCUAACACUGUCUCAUAUGAAAGAUGGAGUUGAUGAA